AUGGCAAGACGCCAUGCACGGGGUUGUGUGCAAUUCGAGUAUGACUGCUAUUACGAGCCCGCACAGAAGAGACGCCAGCUUCGUAUGUCAUCGCCGACACAGAGAACUGCAAAGCUCGAUACUGAAGAAUCGCUUCAGCACUUCGAGGAAUCUUCACCCACCCCAUCCGCUGAUGAUGAUAUCGAGCGCUUCGGAUCUCGAGAGGCCAACUCGAGUGCGGCGUUCGUGAGGAAGCUGGCAGUCUCCAUCGACCCUGCUAAUGCACCUCCGCUUCACUUGUUCGCAUGGAACUUGUUCAUGGGGACGCGGAAAGUGCAUGGCUAUCAGCCGGUGGCACGGCCAAUCACUAGUAUCGUGUCUCGUGCUACCAUGGAGAGCUUGUUCACCAUAUACCUGGACAAAUUUGAUCGCUGCUAUGGCUUCAUCAACAAGCAGCAAGUGGCUCAACGCAUACAAGCUCGGUGGCAGACUGACAUUGCCGACGGACCCUACGACGCAAUAUUGUGUGGUAUCGCUGCGGCCGGCUAUCUAUUCUCCUGUCGAGAAACUGUCAGUCUCGAGAUGGACCUCAUCGAAAGCGCCAAACAGAUUCUUGAUCGAUGGAGUGAUCUUGAGGUCAGCGUGGACAUCGUUCAGGGCUGGGUGCUUCGAGUGGCAUACAUGAGGAUGACUGCAGCUCCUCACGCCGCCUGGGUCGCUUCGUGCACAAUGAUGCAUCUCAUAGAUGCGGCGAGAUUACACAUUGAGACUGAGAAUAUUGCUUUACCAGACUCGCCUGCAGCGCCUGUCAACGAAGAGGAGAGAGAACUUCACCGAAGAAUCGUUGGCAUCGCUCGGCACUCCAACGUAUGGCUCUCAUUCGACCUUGGUCGAUCCCGAGUUGCACUACACAAUAGUAAAUUCGCCUUGCCAACGACACGUCCGCAUGGAGAUUUCACCACCGAACUCCUGCGAAUUCUACCGCUGGCGGAGUCACUAGAUCCACAGCGUGAUGUCAGUCUAAGCGAGCUUAAAUCGCUUCUCAAGGAAGUGUUGAGCCAGCAGCAUACGGAGCCUCCAUCCGUCCUGGCGCAGACUAAUAUGACGAUGCUCAUUUGUCGACGUCUCCGGGCUCUCGAUGUUCAGCUGACGGGUAGCCUCCUAGACGACGUGCUUGCGCUUACGGCACGGAGCCUACGUGGUGCCCAAGCUAUGCUCAAUGCUAGCAGUCCUUGGCAUCAUGUUGCAAAUGUCCCAUUCCAGGUAGUGUGUAUCUUGCUAGCGAUAGACAGUCCUGCGGCUAUUGGGCAGCUUGGAGAUGCCAUCAAGACCUUGAGCAAUGUUUCACAAGGCUACAAUACGGAUGCCACCAGAGAAGCGCUCAAUACUGCUUGUCUGCUGGUCUGGCUGCAGCAAAAGCGAAAAGAAAAAGAUACACAGAGCUUGACUGAUAUUCUGAGUGCGUACUCGCCAGCUCCUCAACCUUUUGACCAGACAACGAACCUGGCACUCGAUCCAUUAUGGUCGGCAGGUGUUGGACAGGCUUGGGCCGGGACUGAUUCGACCUGGCUGGAUAGUCUAGUGAACGAUAUGCCAAAUCUACAGGGUCUGGAUUUCACUCAACUUCUUGAGCAGGGCUUUCAGUGA